UACCAAGCAAAUGCCGAUUAAUAAGGAAAUCCAAAGAAAAGCGUGCUUAAUUUUUGACCUAUAGAAAAAAAACACUUUAAAAUGGCAACAAAAGCAAAGCGAACAAAAUUAACCAGUCCAGUUAAGUUGGACAAUGACGCAGAACCAGUUCUAAAGGAGGGCAAGCGGAAAAAACCGAAGAUGGUCAAAAUUGCGUCAACAAAUGAAACAGACGAUUUUCCCACCAACUGGGACGUGGACGAAUAUAAAACAGAAUAUGAAAGUGAAGAGCACUGGGAACUGCGCCGCAGCUUUAUGUUGGCGCACAAACAUCGCUUUGAGGAGAGCCGCUUGGUCUGCCUGGCACAAACGUUCGUCAACAUGGAGCUCUUGGGCUGCAAGUAUCCCAACGAAACGAUGUUGUUGGUCGCCGAAUUAUCAAAAGAUAUUGCCGAGGAGUUUCGGGCCACACGCGCUCAACGCCUGAAGCGUACGUUUGUCUCUGCAUCAAACGCAGCGGAGCAGCGCGCCAAAGGGCGCAGAAAUGCAAAUCGAGAGGAAAACACGGCGCCUUUGUCCUCCAGACGCAGCGAAGACAACGCAAGUGGUUUUAUUCGACACGUCUUUGGUGACGGGAAAUCAAUUAACUUGUUUGAGGACCUUCGUUUUGGUACUCUAGUGCUUUACUUGACCGACGGACGCCAAUGUCUACGCUCCUCUUGCCUUGCAUGCAAAAUCUCUUACGCAGAGCGGAUGGUAAAAGAUCCUGAGGAUGGCAGCAACAUCGCAGAGGUACUCAUUAAUGACGAGGUUAUUGCACAAAGCAAAGGAAGUCAGAAGGAAGCUAAGCUUGCGGCUUAUAGACAAGCGCUGCUGCUCUUGCAGACACAUUGCUACAAUAUCAAGCUAAAUGCCGCUCGCGACACCAUUAAAGUGGAAAAAACAAACAAUGGCAUAAAUAUUAAUGUCACAAAAGAGUCGGCGGACAGUUUGGGAAUUGAAACUAAGCUUGAUGCAAGCAACAAGGGCUAUCGAAUGAUGCGCUUGAUGGGCUGGACUGGUGGUGGUUUGGGUCGCCUGAAGCAAGGACGCGAGGAGCCUGUGGGCUAUCUUUUCAAGACCAAUCGCUCUGGCUUGGGCGCUUCAAAUCAGCAAUCUACAAACGCACAAUUCCGAACACUCAUCGAAAACUAUGCGAAUUCGGAUGACAUACGCGAUAUGCAGUUUGAGCCCACAUUCUCGAAAGAGGAACGUGCCAAGUUUCACGAGAUGGCGUCGCAUUAUGGUUUGCGUUCAGCCAGCUAUGGCGCUGGCGAGAGUCGCCGUCUACUGAUAACCAAGAAGUUUACAUACACCCAUAUACUCAACGAAGUACUUAUUAAACGAAACCCUAAAUUUUGCGAAAGGUACUUUGUGCAAGUUCCUAUGCACAAAGCGCAUUUAUUUCCUGGUCAUGUGGCUAGUCUGGAUUUGGAUAAUUGGGGUAGUUGAUUUAAGCAAAGUGUGUACAGCUCAUAAUUUACUAGUAUAUAAGAGAUUUUCUACAAAUAGCUUUAAGUUGUAGGUUACUUGAAAAGAGAACGUUUUUUUUUUUUUUUUUU